UGUGCAUCAACCCUAGUGAGCUGCAGACCUGCACCGCGUUUUGGGCAUCUCUGAGGCAGCUCACUGGGUUUUGAGACACGGCCUGCGCUGCAGUUCCAGUGUGUGGUCCACAGGGGGCGUUAGGACCAGCGUUCACUGCGCGUCUCAGCUGGGCUCGAGACUGAGAGCGCGCUCAGUCCUGCUCAGAUACGCGUUCAUCAUCUUCAUCAUCAUCAUCAUGUCUUCGGCGGAUCACACAGUCAUGCACGGCAUCUGGGGCAGUCAGGCGCCCGCGGGGAAGGCGAUGGAGACGCCGAAGAACAAGGGCUUCAGCCUGAUCAGGAUGAUGUCUCUGAAUUACAGGAAGGAGAACAAGAAUCUACAGCAGCAGCACCACAACAACAUGCCCUUUAUGAUUCACUGCCACAUCGGCAAAGAGAUCAAACACAUCUGCAGCAACUGCAGCCGCGGCAGCCACGCGCAGCACGCGGAGGAGGUGGAGAACCUGGCCUCCAUUCACUCCGAGUCCCUGGUGUCCGGAUCACACUGCAGGAGCAGGUUUGCCUCUCUGGGACGCCUCUUCAAACCCUGGAAGUGGAGGAAGAAGAAGAGCGAGAAGUUCAUGCAGAGGUCAACAGCUCUGGAGAGGAAGAUGUGUGUGCGUCAGAGCCGAGAGGAGCUGAUCAAGCGAGGAGUGCUGAAGGAGAUCUUUGAGAGAGACUCCAGAGCGGAGAACGGAUUGCCAUCUGACUGUGAGCGGACCACUGAGGACAGACUGAGGACCGUCGCCGUUGAGUUCCGCGCGGCUCUGGACGGAGGAGUAUGUGCUCAGGACAGCACGCUCAAGUCGUUCACGCUUCCUCCCAAGAAAACCGUCACCUUCCCCAGUGACCUUCAGGAAACACCGGCCAAACCUCAGCUCAUCCACAAACAGCCUCCCGCCCUGCCGCCCAAACCCUUCUCCAGACUGACCAAUCACAGCACAGACUCGUGUCAGCCGCUGAAGGUGUCGUGUCUGCAGGGAAAGCCGUCUCCUCCUCUGCCUCCUAAGAAGCUGAUGCUGUACUCGUCCUCGGCCACGCCGCUCUCGUUCUCUCAGUACAGUCACCCGUCGAACCGUAUCAUCGACGAGCUGCAGAAGGCGCUGGCGCUCGCCAUGCAGAGACUCGACAGCUCUGCGGUUCACGCGGGUCAGUACAGCGCUCCACUCCGGGCCGUGGUGAUCGACUGUGACGAUGAUAAAGAGAACAUCCCCAACGAGUCUGACUAUGAGGACCUGCCCAGCAUGUAUAAGGAUGAAGAGCAGGAGGAGGAUGACGACGAUUCGCUCUUUACAAGCACUCUGGCGCUGAAGAUCCUGAGGAAGGAUUCUCUGGCGGUGAAGCUGAGUAACAGACCGUCUCAGAGAGAUCUGCAGGAGAAGAACAUCUUACCUGUACAGACAGAUGAGGAGCGACUGCAGUCCAGACAGCUCAUCGGCACCAAACUCACACGGAGACUGAGUCAGAGACCCACGGCUGAAGAGCUGGAGCAGAGGAACAUCCUCAAACCUCGUAAUGAGCAGGAGCAGAUGGAGGAGAAGAGAGAGAUCAGACGCCGACUCUCACGCAAGCUGAGUCAGAGGCCUACAGUGGAGGAGCUGCGACACGCUAAGAUCCUGAUCUGCUUCUGUGAUUACGUGGAGGUGGCAGACGCUCAGGACUACGACAGACGCACCGACAAACCCUGGACGAGACUCACAGCGGCCGACAAGGCCGCCAUCAGGAAAGAGCUGAAUGAUUUCAAGAGCAAUGAGAUGGAGGUGCACGAGUCCAGCCGCCAUCUGACCAGGUUUCACCGGCCGUAGAGGAGCACCGCUGAUGGACUCGUCACGAGCUGGAUGCCUUCAGCAGAACUCCACCACCAGACUGCGAUCAUCAUCAUCUUCAUCAUCCUCAUCCUCAGAUCAGCGGAUUCUCAGGCUGCCAGCGGGGCACUGUUGCACUGACCGCAUUCACACGCAGCUUUGGUGAAACACGAGCGCUUUUACAAACGGUCCGUUCGACAGUUCACGCAUAUUUACAGGAUCCCCCGCUGCUGCUUCAUCCUGGGUUUCGUUCAUCGUCCACGGCACACUCAUCUACAGGAGGAUCUUUAUAUGAAGCGUUUCAUUCAUCAUGUGAAUCUGCAGGGCCUGAGAGCCUCAUUUCUUAAUGCAUUUUUCUCAUUUCAGCUCUGAUAUUGUCGAAGGCUCUCUCUCACGUGUGUGUGGAUGAUGAUUGUUUUAAGUUAUAUUUAUACCAUUUUUCUAGAGUUGCUUCACAUCAUUUGCAUUCUUUUUUUGUCAUGCAAAUGAAGCAUUCGUUGUUAUGCCUGUCAGCAAAUGUCCUGAAGGCCAUCGUCAUGUUUUAUUCAUGUUUUUCUUUUUUGUUUUAUACAAUGUGUUUUUGAGUUAAAUGCUGCAUUUUAACAUCCUUUCUCACUGU